CACGAGGGACAGGCCUCAGAAGCGCUCAUGGAGCUUCCUGGGGGGCCUCUGGCUAAGGGUCAGCAGCUUGGUCCUGGAGGAAGUCGUGGGCAGAGGACGGAGGGCAACAGGGAAGGCAGCAGGCUCCCCUGAGCUCGGAUGACAGAAGGACUGCUCGGGUUCACUGGUUGCUGUGCCAUAUCAGCAGCUUUAAUGGAGGCCCCGGAUAGGGCACCAGGGUCCCCAGUCAACCUUUGGGCCUAAGGAGUUGCCUCUCCCGCAGUGGGCGCGGGCCUGGCACAGCAGGAAGUAAGAGGGGGUGCCCGGUGGCGGGAGAAGUGGCCAUGGGCGCGCGGGGCAAGACGUUGGUGCCACUGCUGGUGGCGGCGGCGGCGGUGGUCUCACAGCCAGCCCAUUCACAGGUGUUGCCAGAGAAUCCCGUGCUGCAAGAAGGGGACCUACUGUCAGGGCCCUGCGGUCACAGAGUCAACCCUUCACGUGUAGUGGGCGGAGAUGAUGCGGAGCUUGGCCGCUGGCCAUGGCAAGGGAGCCUGCGCGUAUGGGGCACCCACUUAUGUGGUGCGACCUUGCUCAACCGCCGCUGGGUGCUUACAGCUGCCCAUUGCUUCCAAAAGGAUAGCGAUCCCUAUGAUUGGUCAGUCCAGUUUGGUGAGCUGACUGCCAGGCCGUCUCUAUGGAACCUGCAGGCCUAUUCCAACCGUUACCAAAUAGAAGAUAUCUUUCUGAGUCCCAAGUACGUGCAGUCAUAUCCUCAUGACAUCGCCCUGCUGAAGCUGUCAUCUCCUGUCAACUACAAUAACUAUAUCCAACCCAUAUGCCUCCUGAACUCCACAUUCAAGUUUGAGAACCGAACUGACUGCUGGGUGACCGGCUGGGGGGAUAUUGGAGAGGAUGAAAGUCUGCCGUCUCCCUACACUCUUCAGGAAGUGCAAGUAGCUAUCAUCAACAACAGCAUGUGUAACCACAUGUUUAAACAGUCAGACUUCCGCACAACCAUCUGGGGAGACAUGGUUUGUGCUGGCAAUCCUGCUGGCGGCAAGGACGCCUGCUUUGGUGACUCAGGAGGACCCUUGGUCUGCGACCAGGAUAUGGUGUGGUAUCAGGUUGGAGUCGUGAGCUGGGGAAUAGGCUGUGGUCGGCCCAAUCGGCCUGGAGUCUAUACCAACAUCAGUCAUCACUACAACUGGAUCCGGUCAACCAUGAUCCGAAAUGGGGUCCUCAGGCCUGACCCGGUCCCACUGCUGCUGUUUCUCACUCUGGCCUGGGCUCCCUUGAUGUGAGGCUUGCCUGAGCCCACCUGCGAAAGUAAGGUCAUCUGUGGGGCUUUGUAUCUUGUUUGCUAAUAAACAUGCUAAUACUUUCA